GAGUCUUUCUUCUUCUUCACUUUCGAUCUGCUUCGUAGAGUCGAAAAGAAUCGAAGAAGCAAGUCUGUAUUUUUUAAGCUCUCGAAGAUGUUUGAUGACCAAGACCUCGGCUUCUUUGCCAAUUUUCUGGGGAUUUUCAUCUUCAUAAUGGUCAUUGCAUACCAUUUCGUGGUGGCAGAGCCAAAAUUCGAAUGAGGAUGAGGUUUUAUCCUUGUUAGUUUCUACAAAACAAUUAUAAAUGUGUCGGUUUCAACAUGUCUUAAGCAUUCCAUAGGUCGUGAUGUUUCGCCAAUAGAUGAGUUAUCAAUGUAUUUUGACAAUGUGGUUUUUGUUUGGAUGGAUAAAAGCGUUAAAGACUUCUUUUUCGUAGUGUUUUAUUAAUCAUUCAUGUUUCAGUAAGAAGUUUUGUGUUUAGAGCAUAUUGCAUACAUGGGCGAAUAUCGUCUACCCGGAUUUCCCAGUUGUUCAGGUCUUCUCUGUAGCUCUGUUACUUGUAACACAGUCUUGACAGGUACUUGAAAUCGGGUAUUUGAGAAACAGAUUUAGCUUUAUAAAUUGGAUAAGUUAAA